GCAGUAGUAGCAGUGUUAUAGCAGUAGACAGCUGCGGUGAUCGCAUCGUGUCAGUGUCGCUUCCGUCACGUAAGCCUACCAUACUAAAAUAUUUUGAAAGACCGCUCGUCCGUUAUCGUGGUCGUGUUCGUUAACGUCGUUGCGUUCGUUUCCGGCAUCUCAGUCGUUUCCCACCGGAAGUAGUUCGCUCGCGGUGCGUCUUCUCGACGUGCCAUGACAACAUCGGUCGGUGCACCGCCACCACCGUAACUCUAGUCAUAACCAAAGUCGUAUUCCUAUUCUUAUUCGUAUUUUUGUUCGUAUUCGUAUUCGUAUUUGGAGUCGAGUCGUAUUCAUAUUCGUAGUCGUCUUUGUCGACACCCGCAACAUGUUGAAGCUGUUGGGUGGGCUCAAGGAGUUCGUCAAGCGGCAGCCGGUGACCAUCGAUGGCACCGUUUUCCGGAUGCACGUGACGUUCACCACGGUGGUGCUGCUCGCGUGCUCCAUAAUGGUGACGGCCACGCAGUACGUGGGCAACCCGAUCCAGUGCAUCGUGGACGGGCUUCCCACCAGGCCGGUGAACACGUACUGCUGGAUCACGUCCACGUUCACCAUGCCGGACGCGUUCCUCCGGGAACAGGGCGUGGGCGCUGCGCACCCGGGUGUGGGGCCCGAAAACGGCGAACCACCCAAGUACUACACGUACUAUCAGUGGGUAUGCUUCGCCCUGUUCUUGCAGGCCAUGUUAUGCUACUUCCCCAAGUGGAUAUGGGACAUGCAGGAGGGCGCGCUAAUGACCACGCUGGUCAUGGGCUUGCAGUUCGGUCUGGGCAACGAGAAGGAGCGUGAAAAGCAGAAGAAGAUACUCAUCCAUUACAUGCUCACCCACAUCAGAAAACACACCUGGUACGCCGUCAAGUAUUGGAUGUGCGAGUUCAUGUGCCUGGCCAACAUUGUGCUGCAGGUUUACUGGAUGAACAGAUUUUUCGGCGGAGAGUUCAUUACGUACGGGCUGCGCGUCAUCGGCAUGUCCACCGAACACCAGGACAACCGUGUGGACCCGAUGGUCUUCAUAUUUCCCCGGGUGACCAAGUGCACUUUCCACAAGUUUGGACCUUCCGGGUCCGUGCAAAAGCACGAUUCGCUGUGCGUGUUGCCACUAAACAUCGUAAACGAGAAGACUUACAUAUUCAUAUGGUUUUGGUAUCUACUGCUGUUGAUGGCGCUGGUCCUAAUGAUCUGUCACAGAGUGUUGAUUAUGUACAACGCCACUGCGAGGAAGAACGCUUUGCGGUACCGCCACUACAGGUUGAUAACCGACGACGUGGCCAAAGCCGUGACGAACAAAUUGUCGCUGGGUGACUGGUGGGUGCUGUACAUGUUGGGAAAAAAUUUGGAUCCGAUCAUUUACAGGGAAGUGGUGCGUGAAAUCGCCAAAAAAGCCGACGCCUGAUGACUCCACGUGAAGACUGCCGCACAGAUAUUCGCGGAUGAUCCGUCAUCACGAACAUCGCGAUCAUUGGCGUUCAAAUCCCCGUCUUUAUGAUAAUACGAUUUUUGUACGAAUUACAUGAUAAUACUACGACAUUAUAUUAUAAUAUUGUCGGGAGUCGACUAUUUAUUUAUUUUUUCGUUUAAACUUUAGUUUCAGUAUAAAUCCGAAGAUGUAUUUCAUUUUUAUCCACUACAUAAUGCACACCAUAAUGUACUUUUACUUUUAAUUUACCUAAUAUUAAGAAUUUUUUUUUCGUCGUUUAUUGAUAAAAAUCGGUGUCCCCCGAACACGCCAGUAUAACGCAACACGUUUAUGUCUAUAUAUUAUGAUAUAUUGAUACAUAUCGAAGUACAAACAGUAGUUGUAUACUAACAAUACACUAUACGCACGAGGACAAGACUAUUAUAAUAAUACAAUAUAUUUAUAUAAUAUAACGCAAAAAAUUUUGUUUAGAUUUUUCUAUAUUUUAACACGACUGUACCUAUACUAUUAUUUAUUAUUAUAUAAAUGUAAACUAUUCCUAUAUUUAAAACUUUUCUGUGUGAUUUUUUUUUGUUUGCAUUCUCGUACGAUAGGUACCAACGCGUGCACAAGCAAAAUAAUCGAAUUUCCACGGAAAGAUCAAAAUUAUCAUAUAAAAUAUUAAAGUGUGACUAGCUAGUAAAGUAGUAGACUAUGUACUAUAAUAUAGGUAAACUAUAUUAUAGUACCUAUAUAUUAUUAUAUAGAUAACAAAUAUGUAAUUUUUUCAUUUUUGUUAGUUUUACAAUUUUAUAUUUAUUUUUGUACCUUGAAUGAAGUUCACUAUUUAUUUUAUCUACCUACUAUAAUUAUAUAAUCAUAUUUAUUAAUAUAAUAUGUAAUACCUAUAUGUUUAAUAGGUGGAUAGGUGUGUCCUAUACACUGUCACCUUCGAAUGCAUUGUAUAUUAUUGUUUAUACAUAAUAUAUACUCACAACGUGUAAUAAACGUCAGAAAUUUUGUAUUUACAA